AUGUUGGUGGUUGUAGCUAGUGGUGGCAGUGGCAGAGGUGGUAUUAAUGGUGGUGGUGGUGGCAGCAACAGUGAUGGUGGUGGUAGAAGUGUUGAUGGUGAUGGUGGUGAUAGUACCAGUGGUGGUAUUGUUGGUAGUGGUGGUGGUGAUAAUGAUAGUGGUGACGGUAAUGGCAUUCACGGUAGUAGUGAUGGUGGUAGCAAUGCCAGUGGUGAUGGUGAUGGUGAUGUCAAUGGUUACGAUGGUGGUAGUGACAAUGGUGGUUGUCGUGUUGGUGGUGGUUCCAAUGAAGUUGGCGGUGGUGGUGACGAAGGUGGUGGUGAUGAAAAUGAUAGUAGCAACGCAUUGAUGGUUAUGGUGGUGGUAGCAAUGUCAGUAGUAGUGGUGAUGUUGGUUACGAUGGUGGUGGCAAUGAUGAUGGAGGUGGUGGUAACGGUGCUAGUGAUUGUGGUUAUAUCCAAUUAUGACGAUGAUAGUGAUGGUUGUGGUGGUGUGGUGGUGGUGAUGACGGAGGUGGUAGCGAUUGUGCUAGACUUGAAUGAUUCCAUACCUAUGUGUUACUCCCUCGUUGGUCUCAUCAUUGGCCACAGGAGUGGAUGA